AUCUAACCCCUGUUUAAACACGGUGCACAGAACAGGUCUUCAAAGACAGCCAAGCGACGUGUUUUGCAAGCAUAUGUAGGCUUUUAUUUUUUUGUAGAAGUCAUUUUGUGAGCUCCAACUUUGCCUUUAAAGUGAGAUAUAAUCUUCAGCAGAUAAGGACAUUUCUUGCCGUCUAACAAGCGUGCUGCAGAGUGUGAUCAAAACUGACAGAGCUGUCUGGCUGGAGAGUCUACGAGGUUCGCUGGGAGACUGACACCCCCUUCAUCAUCGCACCGUGCGUCUCGUUCUUGGCGCUCUGAACUGAUCAUCAGUGAAGUGCACCCGAGCUGCAGCAGCCCAACUGUGACAACCCUCCACUGCACAGAGUGAGCUCAGGCUGGCUGGCUGCUGCACAGGCACCAUGGAGCAAAAAUCACCCAAGGAUGACAGCACGACCAAGGGACAAGAGUCUCUGUCCUACCAGCGGAGGAUGUGGAAGAAUUUCCAAGUGAAAACCAAGCCAUGGCUCAGUCCGAAGCUGGGGUCGGAGCGUCGCGGUGCCGGGGGCGCGGAGGGAACUAAAAAGGAAUCGGGGUUGUGGAUGUUUAAGAGGAAAAAGAAACAACUGGACCGGGUAUUUUCGUCGUCUCAGCCGAACCUCUGCUCUACGCCGGCGCCUUUUGAAGGAGAUAAGUCCCUUGGAGGCGACGCGGUCCCUGGCACCAGCAGCGACGGUCAGCCUCUGCUACACAGCCUUGGAACAGCUUCUGGCUCCACGGGGAGCAAACCGGAGCUGACGGGUCACGGAAGCCCCAAACUGCCCGUAUCCCAGCUGAUCAUGUAUCAGCAGAAGAGCUCCUCUCUCGGCUCGGCGUGCUUCGAGAAGCUGGUGGUGGACCCGGCCGCGGGGAUAGGAGAGGAGGAGCAGCUGCGUAAAAACGCAAGUGAUUCUGGCAUCAACAUAGUGGGGCCCAGUAAUGCAGAGCCCCUGCCUCAACCUCCUAGUCCCGCCAUGUACCAGCUGGAUAUUGUCUUAAAGAAAGGAAAAAACCUUGCCAUCCGAGAUCGCACAGGGACCAGCGACCCGUAUGUGAAGUUUAAGAUUGCAGGGAAGGAGGUGUUCAGGAGCAAAACCAUCCAUAAGAACCUCAACCCAGUGUGGGACGAGAGAGUCAGCCUUCUAGUGGAAACGCUGAGGGACCCGCUGUAUGUCAAGGUCUUUGACUAUGACUUUGGACUUCAGGAUGAUUUCAUGGGCUCAGCGUACCUCCAUCUGGAGUCUCUGGAACACCAAAGGACACUGGAUGUGACACUGGACCUGAAGGACCCACAGUACCCUGAACAUAACCUGGGCAGCCUGGAACUAGCUGUGACUCUGUCGCCGAAGGAGGGAGACAUGAGGGAUGCUACCAUGCUUUUGAGAAGGAACUGGAAACGAUCUAGUAAGUAUCAGAGUAUGCGUCUGUCAGAUGUGCACAGAAAAGCCCAGCUGUGGCGAGGUAUAGUCAGCAUCAGUCUGAUAGAAGGUCGUGGCCUGCAGCCGAUGGACGCCAACGGCCUCAGUGACCCUUAUGUCAAAUUCAGAAUGGGUCACCAGAAGUACAAGAGCAAGACAAUUCCCAAAACGCUAAACCCGCAGUGGAGAGAACAGUUUGAUUUCCACCUGUAUGAGGAGCAAGGAGGCUACGUGGACAUCACGGUCUGGGACAAAGAUGCUGGAAAGAAGGAUGACUUUAUGGGAAGGUGUACCAUCGACUUGUCGCUUCUCAGUAAAGAGCACACGCACAAGUUGGACCUGCCACUGGAAGAAGGUGAAGGCGUGCUGGUGCUGCUAGUAACACUCACUGCUUCCGCUGCCGUUUCCAUCUCAGACCUGUCAGUCAACAUGCUGGAUGACCCGCACGAGAGACACCAGAUCACACAGAGAUAUAGCCUCUGGAGGUCGCUCCAUAACCUGAAAGAUGUCGGUGUGGUGCAGGUUAAGGUCAUCAGGGCUGAGGGACUAAUGGCAGCUGAUGUCACAGGUAAGAGCGACCCAUUCUGCGUGGUGGAGCUAAGUAACGAUCGACUGCAGACGCACACUGUCUACAAAAACCUUAACCCUGAGUGGAACAAGGUCUUCACUUUCAACGUGAAGGACAUCCACUCAGUACUUGAGGUCACUGUUUACGACGAGGACCGAGACAGAAGUGCAGACUUCCUGGGGAAAGUGGCUAUUCCUUUACUAAAUAUCCAAAAUGGAGAACGCAAAGCCUACGCCUUGAAAAGCAAGGAGCUGACAGGGCCAACAAAAGGGGUCAUCUUUCUCGAAAUAGACGUGAUUUUUAAUGCUGUGAAGGCAGGUCUCAGGACGUUGAUUCCCAUUGAGCAGAAGUAUAUUGAGGAGGAGCCCAGAGUGUCCAAACAGUUGCUAUUGCGCAAUUUCAACCGAGUUAGACGCUGCAUCAUGUUCCUGAUAAACACAGGCUGCUACAUCAACAGCUGCUUCGAAUGGGAGUCUCCGCAGAGGAGCAUCUGUGCUUUUGUGCUUUUUGUCAUUGUUGUUUGGAACUUUGAACUCUAUAUGAUUCCUCUGGCUUUGCUGCUGCCCUUGGUCUGGAACUACAUCCUCAUUGCGUCAGGGAAGGAUACCAGACAAGAUGUGCAAGCCGUGGAGGACCUGCUGGAGGAUGAAGAUGAGGAUUUUGACAAAGAUGACAAGGACUCAGAGAGAAAGGGCUUCAUGAACAAGCUUUAUGCCAUUCAGGACGUGUGCAUCAGCGUGCAGAAUGCACUGGAUGAAGUGGCCUCCUAUGGCGAGCGGAUAAAGAACACAUUUAACUGGACUGUGCCUUUCCUAAGCUGGCUAGCCAUUGUGGCUCUCGGAGUGGCUACCAUUAUCAUCUAUUUCAUCCCGCUCAGAUACAUUGUGUUGGCCUGGGGGGUGAAUAAAUUCACCAAGAAGCUGCGAGACCCUUACUCCAUUGAUAACAACGAGCUGCUAGACUUUUUGUCCAGAGUGCCCUCAGAUGUACAAGUGGUGCAGUACCGAGAGCUGAAACUGGAUCCCAAUCCCAGUCCAAAUAAAAGGAAGAAAAACAACCCCGGGUAGAUGACUGUGUCCGCCCACCAACUCCUCUCUUCUCCACUUUUCUUCUCUUGGUCUAUUACUGGACACUGAGGAGCAGAGGAGGACGGCUCUGGAGCAGCUUGGCUCAACUAUCCUUCCAUUUUUUAUUUCCUAUUUCAUUCUCUUAAGCUUCUUUUCUGUCUUUAAUUAGUUAGGAUGUACAGUACAGUUUCCUUAAGUGUCAUUUAAGAAAAAAAAAUGAAACGAGUACAAGAAGCCUCUUGAAUUAAUAUCAUAACCACUAUGCUUUUGAUUUUAAAUGCUAGCAGGAAGGAUGGAUGGAAUGACCUUUAUAUCAGCCGUGUGAGCCGCUCUCCUCAUUCCUUGUCUCCAUCCCUCUGACAGCGCCGAGGACUCUGUCUAGUUGCUUGCCUCAAGUGUCACACAAUAAGUAAAAUGAGUUUAACAUUUACUCUAACUGUUCCAAAAAAGACAUGUUUGGGUGCAUCCAUGUGAAUCAAAAAUAGAAGCCUUAUGCUAUCAUCCUGCAUUAUCUCUCUGCAAUAGAUUUUUUUUUUUAGCUCAUGUUGUUUUUAUUAAAUGAUUUUGGUAAUAUGUUUAUAUUUUCUAAUUGAUUUUGUACUGAAGUAUCUUUUGUUUUCUUCCAAUCUUGGAUGUGGUAAUGAUGUUAUGUUCACUGGCAGUAAUUUGGAUUGUCUCCACUUAACUCAGCCAGCCAAGUUGAUUAGCAAUUAUGGUGGUAGCCUCCAGAUAUGUCCUUCUACACAAACACAAAUCUGGACCAACAGGCUGAAGGCUUGUGUUGGUGUCUGUCUAUGCUUUACUACAAUGGCCAAAUUUGCUAUAUUUUCCAAAUCAAAAAAAAAUAUCAAGCCACAGUAUCAUUAGCUUAAAGAACAGUGGGUUUCUACUUCUUAAAAAUAGACUGUAAUGACAUCACUUUCAAUAAAUAGUACCCAUAGGAUAAAAAAAAGAUGAGCACUGUUGAGUAUUAGACAGUGGCUGCUACACCCUGAACCUUUUUUCACUACUAAAUGAGCAGAUAAUUUAGCCGUAGUCUUGUUUAACCUCUUAAAAUCAUGUCAAAAUCCCCAGUCAGUCAAGGAGACACCUCCUCUCUCUGUCAGGAGGCGCAGCAGACUGGGCCUGCUGUCGUGGUGUUAAUAUAGAUGUCACCCAGUCUAUGCAGAGUGUCGUCAGGCAGGCAGGCCUUUAGGCAGCCACAGCCCUAAUCUUGUUUGAAAGGCUGGUCUCCUUUCCUCUCAUCUCCCUGUGUGUGUUUGCCUUGGCGGUCGCGCACACACACACACACACACACACACACACACACACACACACACACACACACGCAUGCACACACUUUUCUGCAUGUGUAUAUAUGCUGACACACACGCACACAAAAAACCCGUCCUCUCACGUGAAUACAAGAGAUCUCGCAUACGGUACCUACUUGCUCACAGAUGAAAACCUAACAUUGUAUUUGAGCAGGAACAUUCUCUCCCUCUCAGACACACUCACACAUAAAGCUGACACACAAACACAAACAUGCUCUCUGUGAUGCUGUGCCCCAGGCUGGCCGCCCUCUCCAUCUGCCCCACCUCCUGUGCCCACAGCUCAACUUUGAUCAGUCUUUCCAGAGACAGAGGCUCGUAUAUGUGAACUGUGUAAGAGUGUUUGCGUAUACGCAUUUAUGCAAUCAAAGACAUGUUGCUUUUCUCAGCGUCGGUGUGUGUUAGUUGUCUCUCCCCUCCAGCUGUAGACUGAUGCCGAGAUUCAGUCGGUGUGUGUGUGUGUGCGUGAGUGUGUGUGGUGCAGCAGAAGUGCCAGCUGUUAUUUGGUGUAGAGUUUGCUGAGAUGCUAGAUGAGCAGCAAGUCAUUGUGUGACAAGACAAGGCUCCGAGGGGACUUAGGCCUGAGAUGUCAGGGACAGACGAAUGAAUGUGUGUAUGUGUGUGUGCGUUUUUAUGCUAUUUCAGAUCCUUCUUCCCAUCAUGCUUUCCCUCCGUUUGCUCUCUCUGCGGUUCCCUCAUUCGUCAGUGAGCGGGGUUGCGACCCUGUCUGAAGGGACGGUCUCCUGGGCUUCUCGCUGAGCAUCUCUUGAAAGAUCACAGCACAGGCUACGUUUGAGGAGGUCUCUUCUCAUCCUAUUGAUCCCUGCCUCCACCACCCUCCGCUCUCUACUUCUUUUGGUUCCCCUUUGUCUGUCUCUCUGUCUGUCUUUAUCACUCUAAACCCCCCCUCGCCAUCGCAACCACAGUGCUCUUCUGCCAUUUAUGUCAUCCUCUCGCCUCGUCUGUCUGCUCGCCCAUCACCUCUAUCCUCUCCUGCUCCCUCCCUCCCCGCCCAUCCAUCUCCAUGCUUAAAUAUCAACAGGCUCGGAUCUGUCAGGGCCGCUGAUUUAGCUUUGUUGUUUUUGAGGAAUCCACUUGAAAGACAAUAACAAACUUUCCCCAAGAGCCGCGUCGCAAACUGAUUCCAGCCUCCUCAACGAACACACUUGGUGACUCGUGAGGGACGGCUUUUUAUAAUGCCUGAAGGGACUGCUUUAAUACCUGAUAUGUAUGUGUCUACUACUAUAUGUAGUCAUUUUACAGCAAAUUGUGGUUACUAGUGUGUGGUACUGCAUCCAAAUACUGUCUUUUUUUGUCAUUUAUUUGGUUUUGGCUGUUUUAAAGCAAACCAAAGUGUUUUUAUUUUGUAUGAUAUAGAGAAAAUAACUUAAACAAACAGAAUGUAUCAGAAUGACAGUUGUAAAGGGAUAAAAAAGCACUUUUAUUUGCACCAAGGUUAAAUGAGACUAUUUAUUUUUUAAAUUAUACUGUACAUAGCUAACUACUUAUUAAUUUAUGGUCGUAUUUUAUACAGUAUGCCUGUUGAUGGUCUGGUGAUGAUAUUGUAAAGUAGGUGUAUGCCUGCCUCAUUUUCUAAGAUCUGUCUUUUCCGCCUGCAAUGUUGCCUGCCUGUGACAUCAUCUUCAUGUGCCCAGUUCUGACCAAUGACAUUUCCGGACAGGAUCGCUGUAGGAGAUGAGACUGGGUUGGGUCAAGAAGGGCAAAAGAAAAUAUGAUGUGUAUCUCCGAUUUGAAUAAUGAAAUGCAUCUGAUGUAUGUUACUUAUUUUGAAAAAAAGAGAUUAAAUAUUUUUUAUCAUCUUCA